AUGGGCCUUAAUAUUAUAGGAAGUCAGAUAGAGCAGGCGGAGCAAGCGAGCAGGUACGCGACGCUGGUAUUAGGUGAAACGUUUUCAACCACCACCACAAGACUAGCAGAAGAUCUCCUCUUGAUUUUAAUGAGAGACAUUUUUCAAGCUUUCCGGUGCAAGCUGAUGAUCUUUACCUUACUGAUACUGUUCUUUGAAACUGCCUAUACUGUUGUUGCUGGAGCUACACUGCUGAAGACGACAGUGGGAGAGGCCCUGCUUGACACUCAGAAUCUUUUGAGAGCUCAGAUUACAAAUUUUACUUUCAACUUGGGAUUUUCAGGGAAAUUUUAUCACACAGGCACUGAGGAGGAAGAUGAAGGCGAUGACCUGUUGUUGAGGUCUGUAGAUGAGUUUUGGUGGUUUCCCCAUAUGUGGAGUCACAUGCAGCCUCAUCUCUUCCACAAUGAGUCCUCACUGGUGGAGCAGAUGAUCCUCAACAAAAAAUUUGCCUUAGAACAUGGUAUUCCAACUGAUUUGGGCUAUGCAGUAGCUCCACACCAUUCUGGAGUCUAUCCAGUACAUGUUCAACUUUAUGAUGCCUGGAAAAAGGUCUGGAAUAUCAGAGUUACCAGCACAGAAGAAUACCCACAUCUGAAGCCUGCAAGGUAUAGACGAGGCUUCAUCCACAAAAAUAUUAUGGUGCUUCCUAGGCAAACUUGUGGCUUAUUCACCCACACAAUUUUCUAUAAAGAGUAUCCUGGAGGCCCAAAGGAACUAGACAAAAGUAUUCAAGGAGGAGAGUUGUUCUUCACAGUGGUUCUCAAUCCAAUUAGCAUCUUCAUGACACAUUUGUCUAAUUAUGGAAACGACCGCCUGGGGUUAUACACCUUUGUGAAUCUGGCCAACUUUGUUCAUACCUGGACAAACCUCAAACUGCAGACUCUUCCUCCGGUUCAGCUGGCUCACAAAUAUUUUGAACUAUUCCCUGAACAAAAGGACCCUCUCUGGCAGAAUCCCUGUGAUGACAAACGACACAGAGAUAUCUGGUCUAAAGAAAAGACCUGUGAUCGAUUACCAAAAUUCUUGGUUGUAGGACCCCAGAAAACUGGUACCACAGCCUUGUAUUUGUUCCUGAUCAUGCAUCCUUCCAUCAUUAGUAACUCCCCCAGCCCAAAAACCUUUGAGGAGGUACAGUUCUUUAAUAGAAAUAACUACCACAGGGGGAUUGAUUGGUACAUGGAUUUCUUCCCUACUCCCUCUAAUGUCACCACCGACUUCCUCUUUGAGAAAAGUGCCAACUAUUUCCAUUCUGAGGAAGCUCCUAAGCGAGCUGCUUCCCUCAUCCCCAAGGCCAAGAUCAUCACAAUCCUCAUCGACCCAUCUGAUAGGGCAUAUUCCUGGUACCAGCAUCAGCGAUCGCAUGAAGAUCCCGCAGCUCUAAAAUUCAGCUUCUAUCAGGUGAUCACAGCUGGACCUCGAGCCCCAUCUGAGCUUAGGGCUCUCCAAAAGAGAUGCCUAGCACCUGGAUGGUAUGCUACCCAUAUUGAAAGAUGGCUAACUUACUUCCCACCUUAUCAGUUGCUAAUUAUUGAUGGACAGCAGCUGAGGACUGACCCAUCUACUGUAAUGGAUGAAGUACAGAAAUUUCUGGGAGUCUCUCCUCAUUAUAAUUACUCUGAAGCCCUAACGUUCGAUUCACAUAAAGGUUUCUGGUGUCAGCUCCUGGAAGAAGGAAAAACAAAGUGUCUUGGAAAGAGCAAAGGAAGAAAAUACCCUCCUAUGGAUUCUGAGUGCAGGGCUUUUCUGUCAAGCUACUACAGAGAUCACAAUGUGGAACUGUCAAAACUCCUACACAAACUGGGACAACCCCUGCCAUCGUGGCUGAGACAGGAGCUACAGAAAGUAAGAUAG